AUGGAUACUUCAUUGAACGAAACUAAUCAGACAUUAUAAUCUCUUGCAUCUUCUCUUAGAGAUUCAUUUCAAGCUCUUAAGGCCAUCACUGAUGCUAAAUUUGACUAAGCGAAAGGACAAAAAAAGAAAUUCGAAUAAAUUACUCUAUGCUUCAAGAAGAUGAAAGGUUUAAAUAAUGAUCAGUUGCCUGAAUAUGUUUCUCUAAUGGGAUAGUUGGUCGGAUUCAUGCAUACACCUCAAUAUAUCAACUUCUAUAAAAAUUAUGAUAAGAAGUUGACUAAAAAUUUAGUGAAAAGAUGUGUUGUUGAACCAUUCAAUGAUAAAUUUAUGAAACCAAGAACUGAAGGUGGAUUUGAGCUUUCGCGCUUUGUUUCCCACCCAAAUCUAUUAGAGGAUGUGAAUAAAAUUUUUAUUGAUCUCUUGGAGUUUAACUUACUGACAGAUAAACUGAUGAUCAAAUUGAAAUAAGGACUGAAUGAUUAUAUAACUUUUAUAGAUUAAAAUUAAGGUAUCAAGGAAAGAUUUGGCCAAAUCACUAUGACUCAUCUUAGAACAUUACUGACCAAAUGCAAUUUAGCUGAUGAUGAUGUGGUAUUUGAGUAGAGUAAUAAAAAGAAGCUUACAGAAUUAUUUAAGAAUAAGAAGGUGAACAAUAUGUCAAAGUACUUGAAAGAACUGUUUUUGAUUGAUAAACAAAUCAAUAAGGAAAAGAGAUAUUUAAAAAGAAUGUUCUCAGAUAAGAAAUCUUAUUAUCAUUUUGUACGUGAUAUCAUUUUAUGGGUGCUUGAAAAGUUUAAGUACGAUUUCUCUAAGGAAGAAGUUUAAGGACUUUUGAUGUAUCUUUCAAAAAACUCUAAAAAUCUAGUUCAAGAUACAAAGGACUUGCCAGUUAAGUUUGAUGCUUUGUUCUAGCCCUUUAUUGAAGAGCAAUCUAAGAGAUUUGCCGAUCUUAAGCUUCAAGAUAGCUACUCAACUAUAUUCUCUUCUUUGAUAAUCGCUCUUCCACCUAAGUAAGAGCAAGAGUCGGUCCCUGAAUAGCCUAAGAAUUAACCAAAAAUUGUUGAGAAGGAAGCACCAAAGAAAAUGUAUUAAAAGAAAUAGCAAUAAUCUGCUGCUAAUAAUUCUUAACAGAUACAGCAGCAGCCAUCUCAGUCUUCAAAGUAGAAGAAGGUAAUUGGAGAUAGCUAUACCUUAGAUAAGUUCAUCGAAGACAUAGUUCUGAAUUUCUCAGACGCUAAUAAGAAAGAUUUUGUCUAAAUUGAUUAAGACAUAAAGGAUGCAGUCUUAAAUGAGUUCAUUCCAAAGCAUAGUAGAGAUGAGGUUUAAUAUAGACUUUUCUAGAUCUUAGAUACAAAGUUAGGUACAUUCAAGACUCCAUUCUAAGCUAGAACAUACAAGAAAGUUAUCAAAGCAAUCGACAAGUGCGGAAUUCUCGAUAUCAAUGAGGUAAAUGUUCUAUACUUCAAAGCAAACAGGUUCCUCUCUAAGGAAAAUGUAGCGAAAGAAAAGUUGAAAAUAAAAAAUGAAACCAAGAGCAACUUUAUCGCUUUGGGAAAAGACGCUGCUAAUGAAAGACCAUCCAAGAAUCAAGACAAAGGAGUUUACAUAGAUCCAGCUGGUGAUUUGAAGCAAGAGACAGACAGUGAAAACGAGUACAUUGACAUUGAGGAUGAAUCAAGUGAAAAUGAGGAAUACAAGUAACCUCCUCCAAAGAAUAAGAGAAAUCAAAAGGAGGAUCCAGCCAAUACUAUGUACCUCAAAUCAUUUAGAGAUAGAGUAAACAAUGAGCAAGCUACUUUUUAUGAUCAAAUAAAACAGGCACACACCAUCACUCCAGUCCAAUUUAAAACCCCUAGAGGAAUAAAGAAGCUUUUGGAGAUUGAGAGCUUAAUCAAGUAAAUUUACAGAGAGUAGAGUGUCAGCAGAGAAGACUUAGAAAUCAGAGAUAAGGUUAUUACAAAUAUCAAGAAUGCAUUCAAGAACACAAAUGAUAGAGAAUAUCCAGCUCUAUUGGCAGGUGAGAUCAGAAUAAGCGGAUUUGGAUCUUGCUAGAAUGGCCUUUGGAAUGUUGAAAAAUCAGAUAUUGAUGUGACUUGUAUUAUAACUGAAAAUCUAGAGUACAAUCAACAUUAACUCUUGAAAUGUUGUGUACCCAUCCUUAGGAAGGUUGCUAAAAAGGGAACAAUGAAUUACAUCCCCGCCUCAAGAGUCCCAAUCAUUAAAUUUGAAGAAAACUAGACAGGACUUGAAGUAGACUUCAAUGUAAACAACAUCUUGGGCAUCAACAAUUCUGAUCUAAUUUACACCUACUGUUAGAUUGAUUAAAGAUUCCACAUUCUUAGUCUUUUUAUCAAAUACUGGUCAAAAAAGGUAGAAAUUAUUGGAGCUGCAUACGGACUUCUCAGUUCUUAUGCAUUGACUUUGAUGCUGAUUGCAUUUUUACAGUCAACUAACCCACCUGUGUUGCCUUGCCUUCAAGAGAAAAAGCAAAGAGACAGAUAACAAAAGAAAAUUAUCUUUUACCCCAUGCCAAUAGAUCAGCUUGAAAGUAAGAGAAGAAGAAAUGCCUUAGGCAACUCAAAAUCUAAGGACCCAUCAACCUCGAUGUAUUGUCUCACUGAAACUGACAUAUUCUUUGAGAAUGAUAUCAAAGUCAUCCAGGAAUUCUACAUGCCAAAGGAGAAAAACAAUUAAUCAGUGGCCUAACUCCUCUAUGACUUUUUCUAUUUCUACACACACGAGUUCGAAUCAAAUAAGCAAGUUAUUGAUAUCAAGAACGGAGGAGGAUACUCUGCUAAAUGCUCAAGAGACAAGUAUCCGUUCUCAAUAGUGGAUCCAUUCGAACAACAAAGAAAUCCAGGUUGCAGUGUCUACUAGGGUUCAGACGGUCACCGUAAAAUCAUGAUGCAUUUCAGAGCUGCUCUAGACAGAUUCAAGCUCAAUUGA